AUGGGAAACAGUAAUAGCCAUAAAUCUAAUGGAUACACAGGCCCUUACACUUUGAGUAUUAAAGCAUUGUGCUGGAAAUAAGAAUCACAUUAGUUAUUUGAUUUUGAGUCUAAAGACAUUAUCAAAAAGAAGAUUAAAGUCAAAAAAUCAGGAUACUUAACUCGCUCACAAAACAAUGAGAUAUCUUUCUCUGAAAAUUAUUCUUAGGAAAAUGAGAGUUUUUUACAAAUUGGUCAUCAACAGUAGAAAUAUACAUUACAGAAUGAAUCUAUGGACAAUAAAGAUUAACAUGGUAUAAGCGACAAGAGUGUUUGGAUAAUUAUUAAUACUUUUAAAGAUAAUGAAUAGGAAAAGGGUUUUUAUGAAUUGUCUGCUGAUGAUUACAUUAAGAUUGGAAGAGUCAGACUAAGAAUAAAAGAAAUUAAUCCAAUAGGCGAUUUCUCAUAAUAAGAACCUGAAGAACUCUUAACUUAUAAUUCUAAAAAUGGAACUAAACCAACUGAAGAAAUAUAAUGCAGAAUAUGUCUUGGUGACACUUAUAUAGAUGAUAAUCCAUUCAUAGCUCCAUGUUCUUGCACAGGAAGUGUUUAGUACAUACACUUAAUAUGCUUAAAAAUAUGGCUAUAAAAUAAAUUAGUUAUUAAAUAAAAUGAUUAUUACACAGAAUACUAAUGGAAAAAAUUAGAAUGUGAGUUAUGCAAACAACCUUUAAAACCAUAUAUUAAUCAUAAUGGUCGAGUAUUCUCAACAUUCACUAUAAGAAAUCCAGCAUGCCCAUAUAUAAUCCUUGAAAAGCUCCAAAAAGAUACUAAUGAGCCUAAAUCUUAAAUUAUAGUUAAUUUUUCAACUACAGCCAAGGAAAAUAAACCAAAAAAAGAAAAAACUCUUCUCAAAAUUGGGAGAGGAGCUCAAUCACAUAUACGUAUUAAUGACAUUUCUGUUUCUAGAGAGCAUGCACAUCUUGUACUAAAAAAUAAAAAAUUUUAUUUGAAGGAUGAAAAUUCUAAAUUUGGAACUCUUGUUUUAGUAAGAGAGCCUAUAGCCUUCUCGGUUGAUUGGAACAAAGUAUCUAUUUAAAUAGGUUAAACUGUCCUUUAACUUAAACUUAAAAAAGCUUCUUCAGGCUUUUUCUCUUGCAAUUCUUAACAACCUGAGGAAGAUCUGUUCGAAGAUUUAUAAUAAAAAAAAAUUUUAAAUAAAUAUGAAAGAGAUAACUCUUAGAAUGGACUUUAGCCUGAUAAUUACAGAUUCGAAAAGAGCUAAACAGGAUAAAUAAAUGACCCAUUUUAAGUUAGCACCUUUCAUAAAAUUAAUUUUAAUAAUACAAAUAAAAGGGUUUGA